UGUGCCUUUACAGCCGCUAUGUCUGCUCUUGCUUAUCAUGAUGAGUGGCUGAAAGUUUACUAUAAGAGACUUUUUCCAUGUGAAACAUUUUCAAAAUGGCUUACAUAUGACUACCAAUGUAAAAAUUUAUCUAAGAGAGAAUUUAGUUUUACACUUGCUGGAGAUAUAUAUGUUAGAUAUCAAAGUUUUGACUCUGCCACUGAAUUCCGGAGGCACUUGCUAAAUAUGGUACCGCAUAAGAUUGAUAUCGGUGCAGUUUAUUCCACAGCACCAAAGCAACAUAGAACAGUUAUGCCUAUAUCGUUUAAACCUAUUUGGAAGGAAUUGGUCUUUGAUAUCGAUUUAACUGACUAUGAUGAACCUAUUUGGAAGGAAUUGGUCUUUGAUAUCGAUUUAACCGACUAUGAUGAAGUCCGCUAUUGUUGUGGUACUCAAGGUGUGAACAAUGAACGUGUUGUUUGUAAUCGGUGCUGGCCCCUUGCUCAGGCAGCUGUAGCCUGUUUGGAUCGUGCCCUAAGAGAAGAUUUUGGCUUUAAACAUCUUCUUUGGGUAUUUUCUGGAAGACGCGGUGUUCAUUGCUGGGUUUGUGAUGAAGUUGCUCGCUACCUGGAGCCGACCUUGCGCACAGCUAUCGCGGACUAUCUUACUCUUAUAAAGCCAAGUGACGCUAGAAAGUAUUAG